UUUGUUAAGGUCUACUAAUUUAAUACUGGCAGAGAAAACGCCGGCUGAAAAUGUAAAUUAGUGUAGAAGUAAAUAAUAUGAAUAGUUUUGGUUUUUACUGAUAAGUUUCAUAGUUAGGCCUGUCUAACAACAUGUAAUUUUCUUCUGCUCGGGAUUGUUACUGUUAUUUAUUUCAAAUGACUUUGUACAGUAAAGAUAACUAGAUUGAAGAUCUUUUCUUUGCUAUAGACAACAGUAUUACUUUUAGAUAGUAAAAAAUUAAGUUUCCAUUAAUUAUGCAUAGAAGCAUAAAUAAAAGCAUUGAAAUAAUAAGAAUAUUAUGAUUUUUGUAAUUCUUUGUCCUUCAAGCUAAUAUCAAAUGAACAAAGUGAGGCUUAGUAUUUUAAAUUAUAUAUUUAGAAGAAACUUACAUUAAGAAGAAAACCUAAAUAUAGAUUUAAUAAAUCAUGAAUCCUUAAAAUAAACCUACAAGGAUGAGCAAGUUUUAUGUUAUUCUGUGUUAGUUUAAACUGAUAGUAAUUUUUGAAACUUCCAGUUUUAUUUUUACUGUUGUUAUUGCAUUAAUUCACAGGAAUUAGUUGUUAUCAUAUAUAUAUGUAAAUUCAAGUUUACAAAUAAUAUAAUUCUUAUAAAGUCUCAUAUUCUCUUAUACCAUUUUUCUGUGGUAUAAUUAAUCAUAUAUAAUUGUGUAUUGAUGUAUUCAUAGGUAAUACUCUUAUGGCUCCAUAUAAUUUGAUUGAGUAAUUAAAGCUCACCAUGUGAGGACUUGCUGUAAAUGAGGACCAUAUGAAUGAUUGGUCGUUAUUUUUACGGCAUUGAUAAGUUAAUUGUUUGAAUGAUUAGCUGAAAGAAAAAUGUGGGUUUGUUUCGUUUAAAGUGUUUAUCUUAAUGCAGUUUUCUUUGUUAGACACAGUUGGUAAUGUGAAAGUAAAAGACAUCACUGAAAGGCCAAGAUUAGAGAUUUUUAUGGAAACAAAUUGAGGCAAAACAUAGCACACGAGGGAAAGGUCAAAGGUUCUAGAAAAACAUGUCUGUGGUGAACCAAAACAAGGUUGAGGAUUAUAACCCGGAAUACAGUAGUUCCGCAUCUAUACAGUCAGAGACUACUGAAUCACAAUAUUCCACAGAAAGAAAUGGUUCCCAGCAAACCCAAGACUUAAAUUCAUUGAAUGGUGAGUGCAAUACUUUAAGCUCAUUUUCUAACCAGAGUGACCUGGUCAUCGAUACUUCAAGUGAGGAUGGAAGUAGGAAAAGACUGAAAGUUUCUCAUGAUAAAGUCAUCAGUGAUGAGGACGUCCAAUGGGAGGACAUGGAUGAUUCAAUCUUUGCGAAGUGUUUGCUGAUGUGUAAAAAGGUAGAAUCUUUUUAUUUACGAGGUGAAUAUGUCAUUCACUCGGGAGGGGCUAGAGGAAGUGACCAGUGCUGGGAAGUGACUGCAAAGAAAUAUGGAAUCAAGACAAUCGCGUACUCAUUCAGAGGUCAUGCUUCAUCCAAUCCAAACCGGUGUGUCUUGUCGCAGCAAGAACUCUCAAAUGCCGAACCUCACCUGCUGAAGGCAAAUAAGACGCUGAAGAGAAAGUAUCCAACAGGGAAAACCUUUAUUGAUAACUUAUUAAGGCGCAACUGGUUUCAGGUACAGAAUUCUGAUGCAAUAUUUGCCAUCGGAAAGAUAAGCAAGAACCAAGAAACCGUGGAAGGAGGCACUGGUUGGGCUGUUCAGAUGGGUAUCGAUAAUCAUAAGCAGACUUAUGUAUUUGAUUGUAUUCGGAAUAAUGAAAGUGAUCUAAGUGAAGGUUCAUGUCGUUGGUAUAGUUUCUGUGAGAAAAGGAAAAAAUUUGUAUUAUUUAACGGAACACCGCUACUAACGAAGAGGUUUGCUGGAAUUGGAUCGAGACGGCUGUCCAGUAAAGGACAAGUUGCCAUUGAAGAUGUGUUUAGGAAUACUUUUAAAUUUAACACGUGAAUCUCAAAACAUGCAUUGACACCGCAGGUAUGUAGUUUUUGGCUCUCUGAUGGUACCUCCCACCUUACACGAUGUAAUUUAUGGUGUUUAGAUUUCUGGAGUGGAAAAUAACUUGAAAUAUAAUGGCACAUGGAGUUAGUUUGAUGUUACAUGUUUUUUUAUAAUGUUUCCCGUGCUUCGAGACUUUGGGUAAAAUAAGCACUAUUUUAAAGCUAGAUGAAAUUUUUUACUACUCUGUAAUAAUUUUCUGUUCAGAUUGUCAUCCUCUUUUCUUUAUGCACAGAAGUUUAGUCAUAACGUGUGACUAAUUCCCGGACUUAGACACUCUGUAAAUUUGAACGUAAUAAAGUGAAUUUAAUUCAGGAUUUUGAAAGUAUGGUGUAGAAUUAUGUAUCAGUUCAUGAAACAAAUAUACUGUUCAUAUAUGUGUGUGUAGAUAAUGUUAGAAGUACAUAGUUGAUCUUUUAUCCAUUCUGAAAGAAUCGCUAAAAACAUUUGUAAUAAAUUUGUAACUGAGCUUAUA